GUUUUAUGCUAAUGAGCCCGGGCCAAAGCUGCUGCUGCUGAGCGCGAGGACUCAGUAGAAACUGCGUCGUCACCACGGAAACCUGGACUGCUUCCGCGUGAAGGGCUCUCCAGCAGGGGGCGCAGUGAGAUUUGAUGCUGCCCCUGCACGUCCACUAAUUAACAGUCCACGCAGUGUGUCUGCAGUGAGAAUCACUCCUCUGAGGACCAUGAAGAGCUCUCCAGAUCUGAUGCCCACUGAGUUGGAUCCAUCUCGUGUGUGUAAGGGGAAGGGGGCUGUUACUCUGAGAGCCACAUUAGUUCACACUGAUGACGGAGACUGUACGACCGAGGAACAGGAUGCGAAACCAGACAUGAGUGAAUGCCACAGAGCGGUCAAUGGAGAUGCCACAGAAACGAGUUUGGCAGACAAAAGACUAAAUAGCAACGAAGCUGAUUCAAAUUCAGACCCAGUCAGUAAGGCUACAACACAGGUGGAGUGUGCUGUAAGCUUAGGUCUGAGUGACUGUCCAUCAUCAGUCAGUGAGCCAUCUGUGUGCACAUCAAACAGCAGUGAAUACCCAACAAUUGUUCUGUGGCAGCAUGGCACAGAUGCUGUAGAGCAGCAGGACCGUGUGUGUGAUCAGGGCUCCAGCGAGACUCAAAUCUGUCGUCCACCUGAAGAUCCAUCUCAAAGACGCUCUACACAGAUGGAGGGCAAAAGAACGAUGAUUACUGUUCACCCAGCGUCCCCUGUCCCACUGGAGAAGCCUCGAGUCCCAGUACGGAACACAGAGAAGUCCAAGGACUGGUACAAGAACAUGUUCAAACAAAUCCACAGAGUACCAGAACCUCCUGAGGAAAAUCCAUACCGUCCCACCUACAUAUUCCCAGAGAUCUAUGACAGGCCGCUGAAAACCAGAGAUGACAGCUCUUCACAUAUGGAUGAUUAUGGGCGAAGUGUUCCUCGGUCUAAAAGUGCUGUAGACGUGGGCAGCUCACAGUCAAGGCGAAGAGUAUCUAUGCCAACUCGAACAUCUUCCCUACGGCCAGAAAGAAAUGAGUGGGAGCCCCCUGACAAGAAGGUGGACACCAGGAAGUAUCGCGCUGAGCCCAGGAGCAUCUUCGACUACGAGCCAGGGAAGUCGUCUGUGCUGAGGGCGGAGAGGCCGGACUUAUCCCCUGAAGAUGUAGAUUUAGAGAAUGAACCAUGGUAUAGAUUCUAUUCAGAGAUGGAGUUUGGCAAAACGAGUGCCCCCUCUUUCACUCCUUUGGAAACAGCCUCCGACCUGCAGCAAUACCCGACGUGUAAACCGGGCCCCAUUGUGGCGGGGAAGGAGGGCGGCUCGGCUGGCGCUGAGCACGCAGCUCCAGAAUGCGAUCGGCACAUUUACAAAAGUGUCUUGGAGGGUGGCGACAUCCCACUGCAAGGCCUGCGAGCACUUAACAAACGCCAUCCCAGUUCUUCUUCGAAACGGGAUUAUAAAGGUGGGAAUGGCUGUGUGAUUUCACCAUGCUCCUCUGUAAAUGGUCGCUCAGUUCUUGCCAGUAGCACACUAGGUACUCAGAACAAGACUAAAAACUCUCUAUCUGCUGCCAAAGCCUGCAUUCCCCAAAUCCUCCCCUCUAAAUUCAAGCCUAAAUUUGCCUCUUCUACUGAUGAGAACCAGGAGAGGAGAGCUGAGGCAACGGCAUGGGCCAAAGUGCACAGCUGUGAGGAUCUACACGAAGAGCCAUGCCUCUCAGGAAACGAUGAUACAACAGACACGUACCAUGAACUCGGUUCAGACACCAAAGCCAACUUUUUGCGAGAAGCUGUUUGCAAAAGUAGCACACCUAUCCAAAAUGGACCUAUCAAUGUAGCUGUAAGGAGCACAGCAGAAUUUUCAACUCUGUACAGGAACAUGCACCAUAUUGAGAGGCCGAGAUCUUUGGGCCUCAGCCCUCAUGCCAGUGUACGUAACUUGGCCUCACUUUUUGAAAGGUCAGAUGCUGAUAUCACUGCUGAGCAAUGCAGGAACAUCCCCCGUCAUGCUGUCAGUUGUCGUGUGAUGGAGUUUGAGCGUAUAAUUCAGUGUUCUAACACCGGCCCGACACGCUCCGCCUCCAUGCCUACACUACCCAGUGGCUCUAGCCCCUCCCAUAGCCCCGCCCCUGUAGCUUGUAUACUUCAGUCAGCUCUUUCUGCUGAGUCAUUAAUAACGCCUGGGACAGCACAUGUAGACAAUUGCUCCUUAGAGAGUGCCGAGGAGCAAACACCUAAAGAAGAGACUUCAUUCUCAGAAAGUCAAGAGCCAGAGGUGUGUGUAGCAUUUUCUAACAAGAACCAUAGCUCAAGAACAGACUUACUCUCACACACUGAUGGCAAGAUAGAACAGAAGGAUAGCUGUGUACAAAAUGCUACAGCGGAAACUCCUUCUCCUGGUCUCUCACUGCCUAACACCCUAAUAUUAGGGCACCAACACCACCACCACCACCACCAUGAUCAUCUCCCUUUCCACCUCAAACCCAGCAAGUGUAAAGGCUCCUGUCCUGCCUCCUACACCCGUUUCACCACUAUCCUCAGGCAUGAGCGUCAGCAGGCCAGCAGCUGCCUACCAGAGAAGAGACCAGGUCCUCCUACAAACCUGUUGCUAAUGGGUCCGGCACCAUUCUCCUUACGGAAGACCCUGCACAAUCUCCAGUCCAAAAAAACUCUUUCAGCUGCAAAAAGCCUGGCCAGGGAUACUGCAGAAAGUCGAGCGUUUUCGUCCAGACUGCGACCCAUCAUCCCCCAACGUCUGUCGUCUCUCGAGGUGCUGGAGAGGCUCAGUAAUGGUUCAGAGGGGACCAAUGGUGAUGACUUCAUCGAUGCAGAAUGCUCAGAUGCCAAUAAAAACCACUGUGGAGACUCCGAAUCCUCACAGCCGUUAAGCCAAGGAGAUCAAGGAGAAAACCCAGACGAGGUGGCACGCAGACGUUACGGAGACAAAGAGAAAAUCCUGGAAGAACAGAGACGUUUGAAGCGGGAACAAGAGGAGGCAGACAUCGCAUCACGCCGGCAUGCAGGCCUAGUACUCACACAUCAGCAGUUUAUCACCAAUGAGCGCUUUGGAGACUUGCUCACCAUCAACGACUCAGAGAAGAGGAAGUCUGGCCCAGAGAGGACACCUGCCCUGGCCCUGUUUAACUUUAAAGCGGAAACUUUAAAGGAGCUGCCAUUUCAAAAAGGAGACAUUGUGUACAUCUUUCGGCAGGUGGACCAAAACUGGUAUGAAGGAGAGCAUCACGGUAGAGUCGGCAUUUUCCCACGUAACUAUGUUGAGCUACUGCCCCCGACAGAAAAAGCCCAGCCCAAAAAGAGUGCUCCAGUUCAAGUGCUGGAGUACGGAGAGGCCAUUGCACGCUUCAAUUUCACUGGAGACACAGCUGUCGAGAUGUCGUUCAGAAAGGGAGAGCGGAUAACACUCAUUCGGAGGGUGGAUGAAAACUGGUACGAAGGAAAGAUUUCAGGCACCAACAGACAAGGCAUCUUCCCAGUUACUUACGUGGAGGUGCACAAAAAGCCUCGUGUUAAAAAUGGAGUGGACUUCCCCGAUCCUCCCCUUAGCCAAUCACCACAUCGCAGCACAAAUGCAUCUCCACAGCCGGUGCGUACCCGUCUCAGCACCUCCCCACUCCCACUGCCACGCUCACCACGCCGCUCUGUGUCUCCUGAGGUCCAUGCUAUAUCUAAUGAGUGGAUCUCCCUCACAGUAGGGGGUGUGAGCUCUAGCCCCCCAGCUGCCCCAACUCCUCCUCUGCCUCCUCUGCCCAGCACUGCCUAUCGUCUAGGUGAAUAUCUGCCCCCAUCACACUCUGCCAGCCCUGUUCCCCCCAUCAGUGGAAGCCCAUACUACAUCUCACCGAUGGCCUCGCCAUCAAGCUCCCCACUGCCCCCUCCAUAUCCACCCAGGCCCAACUCUGCCACUCCGUUCCUCACCUUCACCCCACCUCAGGGGGAGGACUUCCUCCUUUUCCCUCCUUCACCACGUCUGUCGCGUAGUCUGAGUCCGUGUGGUGGUGCCGGCAUGGAAGGAUGGCUGGGUGGAGCAGGAAGGCUGGAUUCAGAGCUGCAGGAGGGUGAAGGGGGAGAGCUGGACAGGGUUGGCAGCUCCCGCAAGGCGCCAUGCAGCUGGAGAAAUAGUCCAGCAGAGCCUUUAAAGAAUGACGGAGAUUACCAUGGCAGAUCCUCGAGAAGUCCAGUCAUGCUAUUUGACAUCCAGGACAACAACAUGAACGCCAACUCAUUUACGGAGGCAGUGUGUAAUGAGAUCAUGAAUAUUGCAGAGACCUCGGUGAGGUACUGCAGCACUUUGUCCCGCCCUUUAGACUCCGCUCACAGAUUGAUGCCCCACCUCAGUAAACGCUCUCUCAUCAUUUCCCAGCAACCCCAGUCCCAAAGCAGCAGCCCUGAACCUGGACGCCUGAGCUGCGGCAUAUUCCAGGCUUUGUACAGCUAUGUGCCACAGAAUGACGACGAGCUCGAGCUGCAGGAAGGAGACCUUGUGAACGUCAUGGAGAAAUGCGAUGACGGCUGGUUUGUCGGUACAUCAAAGAGGACAAAACAGUUUGGCACCUUCCCAGGGAACUACGUGAAGGCCAUUUAACUUGUAAUAUGUGAAAAUGUCUGAUUUGUAUGUAGAGACUCUAACACUAUGUUAAUAACACCUGUGUGGGUGGAACACUGUUACUGAUGAGCUAAAGUGUAUGAUUUAUUUUCUCCUUUGUUUCUGUCAGUAUUGUAUCUUGCCCAGGUGAAUGUCCAGGUAUGUGAUCGGUAAGGUUUGUAGCAUGUCAGCAAGAAUUUUGUAGUAAAACUACAAGUAUCAGCUUGUCAGCUUGCACAGUUUCUAUAGUAUACAUUACUUACGUUUUAUUUUGAUUUCUAUUUAAAUGUUCAUGUCCGUACUGUGUUUUUUUUUUUUGUACUGAAUCACAUACCUGACAUUAACACAGCAAAAACUCUAAAGUAGACGAAGCAGACUAGCAGCAGUAUUGUAAAGGGUCAGAAUGUAGUUAAUGGCACUUAAAGGAGGGUACCAGUGUUGAAGGGUAAACGAGUGGACAAAGGUCAGGAAAAAAAGGAUAUGUAAACCUUGUGCAAAACAAAAAAUAGUUUCAGAUGCCAUGUGUGUAUUUUGAGAGCAUUAUAUAUGGUCUGGUUGAGUUCCUGUUGUGAUGUGAACCACCACAUGGACUGAUAUCAUUGAACUCUAGGCACUUAAUCAUGAUGUUUUGGGGAUCUUGCUUUAUUUAUGACAGAAUAUCUGCUGAUAAUAAUAACAUUAGGAAAAAAAUAUUCGUUUUAAACCUGUUUCAGAAAACAGAUGGGUGUCUACAUGAGUUCUACAUUUUUGUUGACAAUCCUAGUUUUUUCCGUUAUGUAUAUUCUUUAAAGAUCAGGAGUAACCAGGAUCCACCAAAAGUCCCUCAAAACAUUUGUGCUCAUCUUUUAUUUUAGACAAAUGCAAAAAAAAAAAGGACCUUCUUUGAUUGUCUCUCAUGUUUCACACACUGGCAGACUACAGUCUUCCCACACUACUAAACCUUCACGUAACUGAAACAAAUCUGUUAUUAGACAGAAGAAUUGUCAGCAUUUUCGUAAGUGACUAAGUCAUGUUUAGUGAGAAAUAAUAUUUUGCUUUCAAUUUGGUGUCAAACGUUCAACAGAUAAAUUUAAACUACUUUAACAAAACACUUAAAGCAUAGACAAACAUUUGCCUUGAAAACUGUAUGCACAGUUAAUAUAUAUAUAUAAGGUGUGGACAAGCCCGCUUAUAUAAAGCUUUUCUCCAUUUUGAUACUAUUUUUGAAUAAUAAUGAAAAAAAAAAAUAACACAACGAGACAAUGUGAAAUUUACCCCAUGAACAAAAAAGUAUAUACAAAAAAAGCUUUAUGAGAACAAUCAAAACUGUUUUAUAUUUAAAGUUCUUAAAAAUAUUUCUGGUGACUUCUGGUAUCGUCUCAGACAGCUUCACGAUAAAACAAACAAACAAAAAAAAAACCUUCCCAACAUUAAAAUAAUAAAUGAAUAUUAUUUAUCUGGAAAAAAUAGUUUUAAGUAAAACCUACUAAUUCAGAAGUAAAUGAUUACACAGACAUGAAAUAAAUUACAAUUAUUUACAUUUGUCAUAGAAACAAAUUUGAUCUAUAAGCCUUUAUGAAAAUAUAUUUAAUAUUAUUAACGAGAAAAAAAUAUUUAACCUGUCCAAACUUUUGAUUAGUAGUGUAUCAAACAAGAAGGCAGGAAAAAGCGCUGCAGAGAGAAAGUUUUUCAUCCCUACUUCUGAGCGGGAAAAAAAGUAAAACAAAACUAGACCUCACAAGGUAAAGGCUUGCUGAGUAUUAAAAUAUAGUAAUACAGAACAGGGAAUAAAUUAAUAUUUUAAGAAUAUAGAUGCUAUUUUAGGUAUAUGGCAGUAUAAGGUGAUGUAAAUAAAGGUCAUUUUUUUUUCAUUCUUCAUGUAAUAUUUCAAACUAUUCUUGAAAUUCUUAUUUUCCUAAACUGAAUGAAACUGGUCCUCCUAAGAGCACAUAUGAUCACUUCGAUAUGUUGCUGUACUACACAGGCUUGUGGGAUAAACCGAAAUCUAUUUUUUUGUCUUUAGAAAGCUUGGAACGUUAAGUACAGCAUUCGUUAACAUGGGUUUACAGAACUUUAAUCCUGAUGUGACCACAAAAGUGUUGAUCUGUACGAGAUGUUGUGUCGUACCUCCGUCCUUCCUAUCUUGAAGUGCCAUUUAUACGAGUAAGCUACAUUAGGAGACUUUUUUUUUUUUAUCUAUAUACUAAACAUCAAGCUGUUUAUGAUAGUUUAGUUUCUUCUGCUGUAGCAGCAUUUCAGUGUGGUGUAGACUGAAUAGAGGAAAAAGAAACGAUCGCUAACUAGACCUGAUGUGAAGAACAUGCCAUGCUUGAGUUUCUACACAGUGUUGCACUUCUGACAGCCAUAAAGUAUUUUGGCUCAUGAACUCAUUAACGUCUCCUGAAUACUUUUCCUCUCCAUGUAUUGUACAUUGCAUUCUAUAUAAUGCCACAGGCAGGAGGUCAUGUGUGGAGUGUUUCACAUGCUUAACUGUUCUUUUAACACAUCCACAUUCAGUAUUUAUCAUAUUUUACGUUAAUAACACCGUGUAUAUCAUUGUCUGGCUGAUUGGUUUUAACCGUAUCUCACUUUAUCCAACCGAGACCCUGAUUAGAGUCACAUAGGAUUUUAAAUUCAUCACAGCUUUACUUUAUUCCAUCCGACUUCAUGAUAGACAAGCAAAAAGUAUAUAGUGUCUUGAGAAUCCUGAGACGAGAGAAUCGUACUUGUAAAUAUUGUAUAGUAUAAAAAGAAUAAAAUGUUUGAAGUCACAACAGCCUUUAGGAAUAUAGUUUAUAUAACAGGAAGAGUUUUAGGAAAGCACAGCGAGUUGCUUUUGGUGGAUAUGAAUGAAUGACAGAUUUCUAACACUGUGUUAGGAUCCAGAUGCCUUUUGUCUCACAGCAUUGUUAACCGUGCCUCGUUUUUUUGUGUUUUAUUAUUAUUAUUAUUAUUAUUAUUAUUAUUAUUAUUAUUAUUAUUAUUAUUAUUAUCAAUAAUUUUGCCUUGAUGCAUUGAGAAGGGAAUCCAUGUUACUUUGUAGGAGAUGCUUUUCCACAAGUGUGUCACGGGAGACAAUUACCAAGAUCUUGACUGCAAUCACUGGACAUUUUCAUAAAGAGUGUGACAUAAUAAUGCCUAUAGUGAUCUUCCACACGCAGAGGCUCAUAUUGCAGUUAGAUGUUGUUUUCCUUUAUUUGCGGUGCAGUUACAGAUACAGAUAGAAUGUUGGAUUUAAACGCGCUAUUUACUGCUGUGAUUUCAUUAUUAUGCAAUAUUUAAUAAAAUGUAUUAAAGCUC